ACUGCAAAUGCCAAGAUUUGUCGCUGUAGUUUCGUAAAUUCAGUCAAUCGUUUAUUUAAUAAAUUAAAUAAAUAAGUAAAUGUGCUAUUCACGUGAGUGAAGUGAAUUGUGAAUUUAAAUCAGUUAACUCCAGAAUUUUUCGAAAUUUUGUUUACGACACCAGCUGUUAAUAAUUAAAUUACUGAAAAUGUAGCGCAAAAAAUAUAUAACGGUCUUUAAAUACACAUGAGUUUUGAUUUCAUUGAAAUCUUCCUACAACAAUCUGCUAACCAAAAGACAAAUGUGUUCAAGUACAAAUAAAGUGAAUAUAUUUGAAAUCUCCUAUCUCUCUGUUCAUCAUGAAGCAGCUAGCAGCUUGGUAUCAGAAAAAAAUAAGUUCGUACGACAAGGAAGAAUGGGAGACGAUGGUGGAACAGCUGCUGAUGCGCGGCACCUACCGCCGGCGCAUCGUCGACUUCUCAUCGCACGCGCGCUCCUACCUCAUCGAUGUUGACUUAGUUAGAGGGUCAUCAUUCCCAAAAGCAAAGCCGACAUUGAGUAUGCGUCGCGUGAUAUGGUACGCUCUAGUCCGACUAUUGUUCCUACCAGUUCUAUACCAAUGGUGGACGCAACAAACCUCACCAGCCUGCGCCAAGUUCCUCCUCACUCUCUGGCUCAUGCAAGUCCUCAACAUCACCAUAUACUUCAUGACACCAGAGACCAUUGACAAUGACCCGAACUGUUGGUUAGUGCCUCUGGGUUUGAUGUUGGUGCUUAGUAUUGUGCACUCACAGAUAGUUAGUACAACUGAAAUGGAACUGGCUCGCGUGAGGCCACGGGCAACAUUCCGACGCAAAUUACCGAGAUAUUUCAGGCGAACUAGAUCAGAUUGCGAUGGUGGUAGCGGUGGCGGUUCUGCCGAAAGUGGCGCCACCUCGAGUCAGAGCAAGACGCCCACUUCUAAACCUGCAAAGUUUCGACGGAGACAAUCGCGCACCGAAAUCGCUGAAAAUGGUCUCAGAAAACGUAAAAAGGAACUGACAAAAGAGAAUCUGAUAAAAAAUUUAGAGCCAGUUAAAAAUAAAACAAUAGUGAAAAUGAAGGCUAAAGACUCGGAUGAUGAAGACUAUAUGGUUUGGAAGAAGCCUGAUGCCACGGCACCUAUCGUGACGUUCACGCCGCCGCCAGAAGACGCUACGCCUAGCACUUCCUUCCGAUACAAACAUAACGCGCUAACUAAGAAACAACUAGAAUCGUUCAAUGUGAGACAGAACCAACAAAUGCUAGCUAGAGUCCUAGCCGACGGAGACGAUGGCUUCGAAAGCCUGAACGGGUACAAUUCCAACGGCAGCGAAGGUGAAAGAGUUAAACAUGAGACUGAAAACUUAAUCCAAAGAGAAGCUAAGAGAACUAACGCUAACGAACAAAAUAUCGAACCUAAAGAGAACAAUAGUCCUGAUAAAUCAACUGAGACUUCUACUGAGACUGUUAAAAAUGAAGACGUAAUAAAAGACAAUGAUGAGACUGGAGACAUGAAGAAGGUCGAUGAUAAGUCUGAUGCGGAUUCUGAUGGUAUUGCUGCUACAAGUAGUCCUAGUACCGGCAAACGAGUUGGAGUACGAUUCAGGAACUCCUGGGCUCAAGACGGCAUACGUCUACAAGAAACGAGCGAUGAAGAUUUCACCGUCCAUAAGAAGAAGGAAAAGAAAUUUGACAAUUACCAGUCAUCUUCAUCAGACGGGGAAUGCUCGGCGUCCGCUCCAUCCAUCGCCCUACCAUCCCACCAUACCAUGUCCGAUUGGGUUGGCCAAACUACUAACAGUAAGCAUCAAUUAUGUGAGGAAAGUAGUUACGGUUCCCAGUCGGAAGGCGGGCAUUCAGAUGUUGGGUUUUCUUAUACGGCUGACAGUUCCUGGGACCCUUUCGCUAUACUCGACCCGACUAGUGAUACAGUAAAAUGUACGAUGUGGGAGCGUGGUUCAACCCUUCGCGCAGAGUUAUCAGCUGUGGACAUAAGUUGGUACGUGGUGGCGCGCGCCGAGCGAGCCAUGGCGGCCGACGGGUGUCUAUGGGCCGGACUCGCUAUGGCUGCCGCAGUAGCACUCGUUAAACCUAUCAUACGGUUUGCUCAGGUGGCUGCGGAACUGGACAAUAGAACAGAAGAGGAACUGCAGGCGCUCUCCGUGAUCACUUACUUCCCGACGCUAGUGGCCAACUACAAGGGAUCGCUACUUUCCAUAUUCAUCGGAGCCUUUGGUGACAAUAUUUGGGUGGUAUCAACGAACGUGUUGUCCUGUAUGCUGCGUUUCGCGCUGGGAGCGCUCGUGUUCUUCCUGCUGGCCGUGGCGGAGCGAGCAUUCAAGCAACGGUUCCUAUACGCCAAGUUGUUCUCACAUCUCACUUCAGCACGACGAGCCCGCAAAUCUGAACUACCACAUUUCAGACUUAAUACUGUAAGGAAUAUCAAGACGUGGCUGUCUACACGAUCUUAUUUGCGACGCCGUGGGCCCCAGCGUUCUGUGGAAGUGAUCGUAUCAGCCGCCUUCAUGCUCAUUGUAGUGUUACUGGGUUGUGUUAGCACACAUCUGCUAAGGUGUAAUAAUACUCAGGACUCAGUGACGUUAGAGAGCGGCUGGCUACUGGAAGUGCUACUAUGGAGCUUCUGCAUCGGCAUAUAUUUGCUACGACUUGGCACUUUGGGUAGCAAUGUAAACAAAAAAUACCGCGGCUGUCUCUCCGCCAUACUUACUGAACAGAUCAACCUCCAUCUUGCCAUAGAACAGAGGCCAGAAAGCAAAGAACAACUCACUGUCGCAAACAACGUGCUUAAAUUGGCUGCUGAUCUACUGAAGGAAUUGGACGCGCCCUUUAAGAUAUCAGCGUUAUGCGCCAACCACUACCUCUAUACUAUCACCAAAGUGGUCAUCUUAUCGGCGUUGUCAGGCGUGCUCUCAGAGAUGCUAGGGUUCAAGCUAAAACUACACAAAAUCAAAAUUAAAUAAAAGCGCGGAGACUACGUUAUUGCACUGUGCAAUAAUCUAGUUUACUAGUCUGAGAGGCCAUUUACAUUAUUUAUAUGACAUCUUACUGCGCUAAAUCACAAAUACUUAUUUAACUAUCUAAACAUCAUGUUGCGCAUAAUAUUAUAACUUAAAUCAAAUUUUAGUAUUCAUACUAAAUCAAAUUCUAACCAUAAAAAUCUAACUGCACUUAGCAAAAUUAAAAAUCUUAUUCAACAUUUAAUAAUACGUAUUGUAAAUUAUUGUUUCAAAUAAAAACGUAGGUAGUUAAUGUGUUAUAGUAAAUUUCUAAACAGGGAUGUAUUAUGUAAGUAAUCAAAUACUUUAUGUAGUUUUUCGAAUUAUGAACUAAAAAUAAUCACAUAUUUCCAAUGUUUACCACCUUUUUUACAACUUUUAGAAUUUCUCCCGAACUAUGUACAAUCAGCAAAACUAAUUGGUACUGAUAAGAAAAUAAAGAUUGAUUUAGUACUGAAACAGUGAUUGAACAACUCCAAACGUUUGUUUUAGAAAUUUAACUUCUAUUAUAAAGCAUAUAAUUUAGAACACAACAGGUACCUGUUGUUAUAGAAAUUGUUCUAAAUUAUAUGCUCUGCAUCUGCCAAUCUUUUUUUUAUUACUUGUUUACCAAAUAGUUUGGUAAAUUGUACAGACGUUAAAAUUAACCUCAUGUUGGUUAUAUUUAUUAUGUUUAUUGAAAAAUAUAUCGAUUCCUUUUAAUCAACAAAUCCAAUGGACUGACUUACUGUACAGUGUACACUUCUGAAAACCAUACUUUUCACGUGCCAAAUGUUAUUUUUAGACAACUUCUCGUUUGUUUUUUUGCCAUAAAAUAGUAUUCAGCAUAUUUCUAAUAUCAUUUUUUUUUUCUUUAAUUAACAAAUGGUAUAUGUACAAUUUUGUAUUCUUGCUCUCUAAUUAACUUAUAUCUUUAAUGUAAUUAUAGACAGAUCUUCUAUUUUUUUUAAAUAAUUUAUGGCAAUCGGUUUUCUCGUUGGAAAGAUGUAGUCUAUGUAUGUACCAUUAUUUUAUGAGCUGUUUACAUGUAAUUGUAUGUAACUCUAAGCAACUUGAGGCCUUUCUUAUUAUAUCGUUGGUUAUUCUAGAAGUUGUCAUGUUUAAUACUUAACACUGUGUGGUAGAAUUAGUUCUAUUGUUCGAUAUUUUCCGAACUCGACUUUGUACAUGUAGUCUUGAAAUAAAUUGUAUUAAUUGGUGCCCAAUCGAGAAAUUUGAUCCAUGACCUGUUUUGACAAUAAAUCGUUAGUCGACAAAAUAUCAAAAAUUCAGAAACCCAAAUGUCGACUUUAAAAAUUAUUAUCGGGUCAUAAUUCAAAUUUGUCGAUUGUACCGAAAAGUAAACAAAAAGAAAGGGCUGUGACGUGCGCUAAACGAACCAUAAUACCCUCAUCAGCUGUCACAGGAAUUUGUUAUAUACGCAAAAAUUCUCCCGUAUUCCGGAGGCAAGGGAAUGUUUUAUUUUUGACCUACGUAAAUUAGUUAUUUAUUUACAUCAUUUUUUUUUUCUCGUUAAAUGUAUGAUGCUAUAUUUGUUAUGAUCUCAUAUAAAUUUUUAGUUAAUUUAAAUCUAUUAUAAACUAGCUGAAUGAAGUCUACUAUUCAGGAUAAAUUACGAUAGCUAUAAAAUAGUUUUUAACAUCCCACACUGACUCUGAAAAAUGUUACCUACCUUACUUUUUAAUGGUAGUAAAACUAAGUCUUAAAAACUCUACAGCUGAUAUUUAACUAAAUACGAAUUUGGUGUUUUGCCAUAACACCUAUUUAAGGAAAUAUGGUUUCUGUGUGAAAACUUGAUUUUAGUGCUAUUUUUAAAAGAUUAAAACAUGAUUUUCAUUACAAAUGACAUAAUAUAUUAUUAAAUUAAUGUUUUCGAACAUUUUCGUUCAUGUAUGUUAUCAGCAAUCAUGUUAUUACAUAGUGAAUGGGUAACUAUAUAAUAUUAGGUUUAGUUCAAUAAAUGCCAUUAUUUUUAUAUGUUAACUUUCUCUUAUGUUCCUAAUUAUUCUGUAUUGUUUAAAUAUUCUCAAAAAGACAGUUAUUGUAAAUAAAUAGUAAGUUAUUUUUUUAUUUACUUUUCUAUAAAAGAUAUGAAUUGUAUACACACUCAUACUGAUGUUUUAAAUAUACAAUUCAUUGUAAGAACGAAUUCAAAUGCUUAAUGUUAGUAGUCGUUUGCAAUUAUUACCUUAAAGAGUUUUUAGUAGCCAAAAUAAAGACCACUGCAUGGUGUUUAUCUCUUAGUGUAGUAUUAAGUCUUAGUUUGCAUAAUCUUAGAUAUUGUAAUAGAAAACAAAAUGUAGGUGCUUUCUUAAAUCGCUGACUGGUAUUUUUAAAUACCAAGUAUUAUCGUUACAUUUAGUUUUAAGUAGAUUGUCAUGUGAGCAUAAAAUGCAUCACAAUGAGGCAACAAAUAAAUAAAUUAUAC